AAAGCUUUGCGCACCACACUUUCUCUCAGAAGCCAUGGCUUUUGCAGCUCCCCUCGUCGUCCCUCUUCGCCUCCGUCUCGCCGGUCUCGCCCGCUUCAUCGCUUCCCGCCUCCUGUCUCCGUCGCUCCUCGCCGUCUCCUCGCUCGGACCGUAAAGUCUCCGACCGUCGGGCGCCGCCGUCCCGCCAUGGGCUAUCUCUCCUGCAGCGGCGAGACCGCCGUGGCCACGUGCGACCCCUACAACUGGGACUGCAAGAGGACCGCCACCGCCACCGCCACCGCUGCAAAGCACAAGCCCAACAAGCCUGCGAAGAAGAAGAAGAUUCGCAAGUUCUCCUACUGCGACCUCGUGAAGGCCACCGAUGCGUUCUCCGCCGAGAGCUUCCUCGGGAGAGGCAGCCACGGCAGCGUCUAUCGCGCCGUCCUCGACGACGGCAAGCUCGUCGCCGCCGUCAAGAGGACCAAGAUACCCUCGAGCGCAUCGGCGGCCGCGAUGACGACCAACCACAAUCUCAAUCUCAUCUUCAACGACGGAAACAACAACAACAACAACGCGAGCCCGGCAGAGAACGAGAUUGAGAUCCUGUCCCGGGUCCACAGCCCGAGGCUCGUCAACCUCAUCGGCUUCUGCGACGACGUGUCGGACGGCCUGCUCUAUCUCGUCGUCGAGUUCAUGCCGAACGGGUCGCUGUACGACCUGCUCCACCGGAGCUCCAGGCUGCCCGGAUGGACGCGGCGGAUCCGGUUCGCGCUCCAGGUGGCGAAGGCGGUCCUGUGCCUGCACUCGGCGGACCCGCCGGUGAUCCACCGGGACAUCAAGUCGUCCAACGUACUGAUCGACGGCGGGUCGAACGCGAGGCUGGGCGACUUCGGGCUCGCUCUGAGGGGACACGUGGAGGACGUGCGGGCCAGGUGCACCCCUCCGGCGGGGACGUUGGGCUACCUCGACCCGGGCUACCUCCUGCCGUCCGAUCUCAGCGCCAAGAGCGACGUGUUCAGCUUCGGGAUUUUGCUGCUCGAGAUCGUCAGCGGCAGGAACGCAAUCGACGUCAACUUCAGCCCCCCUUCCAUAGUCGACUGGGCGGUGCCCCUGAUCAGACGACGCGCGUUCGACGCGAUCUGGGACGACCGGAUCGACCCGCCGGCGGACCCCGCGGCGGUGAGAAGCGUGGCGGCGCUGGCGGCGAGGUGCGUCAAGGGGAGCGCGCGGAGGCGGCCGGAGAUGGCCGAGGUGGUGGAGGUGCUGAGAGAGGCGAGCAGGAGGGCCCGCGCGUGGAGGAGCUGGGGGCGGAGGCGGGCGGCGGGGACGAGCGCGGGCGCCGACGCCGCCGCGGCGGGGGCGAUGAGAUGGCGAAGGCGAUGAGGAGGCUCGGGAGCGGGAGGAGGAACAGCAAGGUAUCCAGCGUCCCGACCGCGGAGUGCGGGAGCGAGGGAUCCGGCGUCGCCAGCGUCGGCCAAAAAACCGUCGCGGUCGGCUCGGGCGUGCACGUGGUGCGGUCGAGGUCGGUGGGAUCGUACGGCGAGAUCUGGGCGGCCAGCAGAAAGCCGCCGCCGCCGCCGCCGCCGCCGCCCAAUCAUGGGUCGGCGGCGAAGCGGGCGGUGAGGGCGGGGCUGAGAAAGUCGAGGUCCAUGGGGGUCAUGCAGAGCCGCCGCGCCGGGUACCGCGACCUCCAGGGCAGCGACGACGAGGCGACGACCUCGCGCGACGGGGGAACCGAAGCCGACAGGGCUGUCGCCAAGGAAAGCGAGGGCUCCAACGAAUCGGAGAGGAAGUUGCUCGAAAGGCCGCCCGCGCAGUUGUAAGAAAAUAAAAAUAAAAAAAGAAGGGAAAAAAAAAAAACUCAAAGCCUUUGAAAAAGAAAAUUACAUUUUUAAUUCAAAGAAAUUACAAAAAAAAAGGGGGAUUGGAGUUUCGACGUGUUUCAUUUGGGGAAUUCCUAGGUGGGCGGCGAUGAGAGAUGCGAUUUCGGUCGAUGGAGGGAACCGAGAUCAUUCGAAAAGUCAAAGGGAGGAAGGAAGAAAAUAAAAAGUCAGCAGAAAUUGGUUGUGGAGUUUGAAUCAAUUUAUUGGUCUCUUGAAUUGAUGGGUUUUUUUUUUUUUU